AGGAACAGCGUGAGUGGUUACUUUCUGGCUGGAAGGAACAUUGCCUGGUGGCCGAUUGGCGCCUCGCUCUUUGCCAGCAGCGAAGGAGCCGGACUCUUCAUCGGGUUGGCCAGCAGCGGAGCGGCCGGAGGAGUCGCCGUGGCCGGCUUUGAGUGGAACGCCACCUACGUGCUUCUGGCUUUGGCCUGGCUGUUUGUUCCCGUCUACCUUUCGUCGGAGAUCGUCACCAUGCCGGAAUAUCUCCAGAGACGCUUUGGAGGGGAGCGAAUUCGAGUCUGCCUGUCCUUCUUGUCACUCCUGCUCUCCAUCUUCACCAAGAUAUCUACAGACUUGUACUCCGGAGCGCUCUUCGUCCAGGUCUGCCUCGGCUGGGACCUCUACCUCUCCACCCUCUUGAUGCUGGGGGUGACUGCUGUCUACACCAUCGCAGGUGGGCUGACGGCUGUCAUCUACACCGACGCUCUGCAGACCCUCAUCAUGGUGGUUGGUGCGAUCAUCUUGACGGCCCUCGCCUUCCACCGGAUCGGGGGCUACCACAACCUGGAGGAGGCCUACUUAGCUGCCACCCCAUCCAAGAUUGUCCCCAACACCACUUGCCACCUGCCCAGGCGGGACGCUAUGCACCUCUUCCGGGAUCCCGUCAGCGGAGACCUGCCCUGGACAGGCAUGACUCUGGGCCUGACCGUCUUGGCCACGUGGUACUGGUGCACCGACCAGGUCAUUGUCCAGAGGUCCCUCUCGGCCCGGAGUCUCAACCACGCCAAGGCCGCCUCCAUCCUUGCCAGCUACCUGAAAAUGCUGCCAAUGUUUGUCAUUGUUAUGCCAGGCAUGAUUAGCCGAAUUCUCUACCCAGAUGCUGUUGGAUGCGUUGAUCCAGAGGAAUGCGCUCUCGUCUGUGGAACAGAAGUUGGAUGUGCCAACAUUGCCUAUCCCAAGUUGGUGAUGGAGCUCAUGCCCAGCGGUCUUCGGGGCUUAAUGGUGGCGGUGAUGAUGGCUGCCCUCAUGUCCUCCCUGACGUCCAUCUUCAACAGCAGCAGUGCCCUCUUCACCAUGGACAUCUGGAGGAAGGUCCGGCAGGAGGCCAGUGAGAAGGAGCUGCUGCUGGUCGGAAGGGUGGUGACCGUCAUCCUGGUGGCGGUGAGUGUGGGGUGGCUGCCCAUCCUGCAGAGCUCCAACAGCGGUCAGCUCUUCAUCUACAUCCAGUCGGUCACCAGCUAUCUGGCCCCUCCCGUCACCGCCGUCUUUCUCCUGGCCGUGUUUUGGAAGAGAGCCAACGAGCAGGGGGCCUUUUGGGGCCUGGCGGUGGGGCUGGCAGUGGGGCUGAGCCGGAUGGCCUUGGAGUUCGCCUACCCGGCCCCCCGCUGCGGCGUCCUGGACCAUCGGCCCCCGUUUGUGAGGGAUCUGCACUACCUCCACUUCGCUCCCCUCCUGUGUCUCCUGACUGCGGCCAGCGUGGUGGGCAUCAGCUGGCUGACGCCGCCCCCGUCUGAAGCCCAGAUAAAGGACGUGACUUGGUGGACUCGGCGGUCCCUGGAGGCGCCUUCACCUGCCCAUCUCUCCGGAGCCCCGUCCCUGCCCGGCCCGGGGAAAGACGCUGCCCCAGGAAUCCCCCAGCCGGGGUCCUUCUGCACCGAGAGGGAGGCUGAAGGUGCCCCAGGGAAGGGUGGCCGGAGCACCCAGAGGGCAGCCGGCUUCUGGUCCCGGGUCUGCUCUGCCAACGCCCUGGUCCUCCUCUGCAUCAACCUCUUUUUCUACGCUUACUUCGCUUGAAGGGGUUUCUGUGGGGUGGGGGCA